GAUUGCGUUUCUGCUCAGGAUGGUGGAUAUUCUUAGAGUAGUUUCUUAUUGUAUAUGUGGUUUUGAAAUGUAGAUUACAGCACCACUAUGUCACUAGAUGAUUUGAAGAUUGUGUAGUCAUAUUAGUAAUUGAAUUUUCGUAGGUUAGCACUCUUUUCUCCAGUGGAUGUUAUGGAAAGUUUCACAGAAAAUACAGGGGUUUUACACUGGAAUGGAUGUUUGGAACUAUUUAUUUAAAUUAACCUGGAUGGAAAAAGCCCAUAUCAUGCUUGUGAAAAUUGCUCUAUCAAAACUUUGUUUCGAGUGCUUGUAAGAAGUGAUCCGCAGUGCGAGUAUCUUUCUAAAAUGUUCUCCAUUUCUUGCAUUGCACUCGCCAUCGGUAUGUGUCUCUUCUUUCUAUAAGAGCAUGGUUUACUUUUGUUAAAUAACCUACUUGAGGUCAACGAUCUACCCUUUCCCAGAGCUGAUGUUUCAUUAUGAUAUUACAUGGACUCAUUACAAUAGUUUGGCAAAACAAGUUCACCAUCAAUUUAUAUGAGUCAUCCUGCAAUUUAUAUUGAUGUGGCUCUUAAAUAUGGUAGUACUCAUGGUGGUUUGGUGGCUGUUUUUGUCCUUUUUGUAUGAAUUUGUACUUUUGAGCAUGUUCAGGAGCAUGAUUCAAUUGAAGCAAUGCCGUGUAUGCCUACAUGGUUUAGAUUCUGCAAAUUUUGAUCAUCUGUGAAUGUUAUAGUAAAGCUCAGAAAAUUGGGGUUAGCGAUUACCAUAUUGUGGAUUCUGCUCUAUUUCUUUUUAGUGCUUUUAAUCUUACUGUUUAGGAUGCAUUUGAUUGCAAAUUUAUGAUGAUUGCUUCUGUUAAUAAGGACAAUUAUGAGAUAUUUUUCAUGUUGAAAUGGGUCUGGUGAGAUACUUGAGAACUUGAGACUCAAUGCGUUCAUGACAAGAGCAUCUGGUAUGCUUUUCUCUUUUGUUAUCAACUUUAUAUGAACUCUUAACUAUUUGUUUUUCGGAAUUGUCAUCUUGAGUUUGUUUCAGAUGGCAUAGUGUCAUACAUAUGUUGGCGAGGGUGCACAAGAGUUUGCCAACUAGAUGUUUUAACAUUUUUGUUGAUGAAGGGGUUAACAUAAUUGUUUGACAACAACAAUGCUAUCCUAUGGCUAUUUGUAGGACUGAACUAACUUAUGGUGUCCUUAGAUUACUUAAGUGAUAAUAUAGUAGUUCUGUCAUGAAAUCUAAAAUUUUAUUUCUCAUUUCUGAUCAGCUUAUCCUUGAGAAAUAUCUUGCUUGACUGGUGUUGGAUUCUUAGUCACAAAAUCUUGCUGGAGAAGCAUUUGAUUCGCAAUCUGUUUCUAGAAAGUGGCUCAUCUUUUUCAUGUUUCUAAUACAUGCCAUGAUGGGUGCUGUACCAUUUUGAGUUUAAGCAUGAAAUGAGUAAAAUCACAUCGAGUAAUAUCAAGGUUUUGGAGUUUAUAAGAGAUGGUAAGAGUGUAUCAGAGCUUAUGGAUCUUGGGAGGCAAAUUUUGGGAACGAGGCAUGUUCUUCCAGCUGUUCGAUAUCUUUUGGAUACUAUCCAGGUUGAAGGAACAUUUCAGGAUGGGACCAAGUUAGUCACAAUUCAUAACGCUAUUGCCACUACUGAUGGCAAUAUGGAACUGGCAUUGCAUGGUUCUUUUCUUCCAGUUCCUGCUGCAAAUAUGUUUGUGGAGACCCAUGAGCAUGACAUUCCGGGAGAAUUAAUUGUUGGGGAAGGAGAUAUUAUCUUGAACACUGGAAGGCAUGCUCUUGUUCUCGAAGUAACUAACAAAGCAGACAGGCCUAUCCAGGUUGGAAGCCACUAUCACUUUAUUGAGGCCAAUCCUUACUUGGUUUUUGAUAGGAAAAGGUCUUAUGGCAUGCGGCUCAAUAUACUAGCAGGAACCGCAGUUCGAUUUGAGCCUGGGGAGAAGAAGUCUGUCACACUUGUUAGCAUUGGAGGACAGAAAGUAAUAAAGGGUGGGAACGGCAUGGUUGAUGGUCCUGUUGAAAAUUCCAGACUUCCAAAGAUAAUGGAAGCUUUGCAUUCGAAAUGUUUUGGCCAUGGAAAAGAGGAUAAUGUCAUGGUUGGUGUUACAUCAGAAGAUCCGCAACUCACAGUUAAGGUUUCUCGUGAGGCUUAUGCUGACAUUUAUGGACCUACAACUGGUGACAAGAUCAGGCUUGGUGAUACUAACUUGUAUGCAGAAGUGGAGAGAGACUUCACUGUUUAUGGAGAUGAGUGUAAGUUUGGGGGUGGCAAAGUCCUACGUGAUGGGAUGGGACAAGCAACUGGUUACCCGUCAUCCGUUUGCUUGGAUACUGUUAUCACAAAUGCCUUGAUCAUUGACUAUAUGGGGAUCUACAAGGCAGAUAUAGGCAUUAAAGGGGAGUUCAUCAGCUCCAUUGGUAAGGCGGGGAAUCCAGAUGUAAUGGACGGUGUGCACAAGGAUAUGAUAGUUGGUGUGAAUACCGAGGUUAUUGCAGGGGAAGGAAUGAUUGUAACUGCUGGAGGAAUUGACUGUCAUGUACACUUCAUCUGUCCUCAACUCGCAAAUGAAGCAAUCUCAAGUGGUCUCACAACACUAAUUGGAGGUGGAACGGGGCCAGCACAUGGCACAACAGCAACUACUUGUACACCUGCACCAUCACAAAUGCAAUUGAUGCUGCAGUCAACUGAUGACAUACCACUUAACUUUGGCUUCACUGGGAAGGGAAACAGCUCCAAACCUGAGGGUCUAUGUGAAAUUAUUAAGGCUGGAGCAAUGGGACUGAAGCUGCAUGAGGACUGGGGAACAACCCCAGCUGCAAUUGAUAACUGCUUAGCUGUUGCUGACGAAUAUGAUAUCCAGGUCAAUAUUCAUACGGACACCUUGAAUGAAUCUGGAUGCGUGGAACAUUCCAUUGGUGCGUUCAAAGGGAGGGCAAUCCAUGCAUAUCACAGCGAAGGUGCUGGGGGAGGUCAUGCUCCAGAUAUUAUCAAAGUCUGUGGCCUGGCCAAUGUGUUGCCUUCAUCUACAAACCCAACUAGACCUUUUACAACAAACACCAUUGAUGAGCACCUCGACAUGCUGAUGGUCUGUCAUCACUUGGAUAAAAACAUUCAAGAAGAUGUGGCAUUUGCUGAAUCUCGAAUACGAGCAGAAACCAUUGCUGCCGAAGAUAUUUUGCAUGAUAUGGGAGCAAUCAGCAUUAUAUCUUCUGAUUCACAGGCUAUGGGACGUAUAGCAGAGGUGAUCACACGAACGUGGCAAACAGCCCAUAAAAUGAAGUUUCAAAGAGGAAAUGUUACUGAACCAAUUGGGUCCCAAAAUGAUAAUUUCCGAAUUAAGCGAUACAUUGCCAAAUAUACUAUAAAUCCUGCUAUAGUUAAUGGAAUUUCUCAAUAUGUUGGAUCAAUUGAGGUUGGAAAAAUGGGUGACCUUGUCUUGUGGAAACCUGCUUUCUUUGGAGCAAAACCAGAUAUGGUGAUCAAAGGUGGUGUAAUUGCAUGGGCCCAGAUGGGAGAUCCAAAUGCUAGCAUUCCGACCCCUGAGCCAGUGAUGAUGAGGCCCAUGUUUGGUGCAUUUGGGAAGGCUGGAAGCUCCACCUCUAUUGCUUUUGUUAGCAAGGCUGCCAAGGAUGCUGGAAUUGAGAGGGAGUAUGGGCUUAAGAAGAGGGUGGAGGCUGUAAAGAACGUACGUUCCAUAACCAAAUUAGACAUGAAGCUCAAUGAUGCACUCCCCGACAUUGAGGUUGAUCCAGAGACCUAUCAAGUAACUGCAGAUGGCAUGCUUCUUACUUGUGAUCCAGUGAGCACGGUCCCCCUCUCUCAAAAUUAUUUUAUUUUCUAACUUUCGUAGGAUAUUGCAAUGAAAGCAUGUUCCAUGUUUUGAAAACCUCACGCCUCAAUGAAACACAUAUUAUGCUAUAAUGAAGUUUCUUCUUAAGAUUUUUUGUGUUUGACGAAAUUGAACCCCAACUGUGUGACUUGUGAAAAAGCUUUUUGGGCUUUCCAGAAGCAUGAGAAAUUUCAAUGUUGAUCGGGCACUUGCACUUUUUCAUC